AAGCGAGUGGAUAUCGGCUCGGAAUCGAAGGGGAAAUUAUAAAUACAAAAAUAAAAGCACCUGUCCAAUCGACUUUUUUAUUUUUAAAGAGCCAUUAUCGUUGGGUUAUCUGUAAAAUAAACGACUUGCAAAACGCGAAGCGAAACUUAUUGUCCGGCGUGAUCGUUCAGUUGGCCAACGGACGUCGCGUACUGCAAAAGCGCACUCAACCAGAACAUAAGAUCGAUUUAAAUCGCGCAUCCGGGGGCGUGAGAAUUAAUAGUUAUAGUGCUGUUCCACUAAAAGUCACUGCAAUAUGUAUCCACCGGCGGCAACGAAAAUCAAGCACUUUGGCUCUCUCAGAACGGCCGUAGUUUGGGCCGGAAUACUCGGAGUGGCUCAAUCUAUUAUCUGGAUGGGACUGACCAUUACAGCCAUUUGUGCCUUCAACUGUGUGCUGUACAUCACAAAUUAUCUUACUUUUGGCACCUUGGUCAAGACAGUAUUCUUCGACCUGUACUUCAAGGGUGGCUGUAGGAUGAGUCCCAACGAUUACCAGAACUACGACCAAACUAUUUUGAAUACGGUGAACACUGUGUUCGAUCCCAGUCAGAUACUGAUCUGGGAUUCUGUGUAUUUGGGAGUUUCCGUCUGCUGGCUCAUCGUCUCCAUUGUGCUGCUACUGUCGGUGCGCAAGGACAACCCAAAGCAGACUCUGGUCGCCAUAUAUACUUGGGCAUUCUUUGUGGCCGCCAUCUGCUGCAUGGAUGUGGCUUCCGGAGUGAUCUUUGGUGUCGACUAUGGACGUUUCAAUGAUGCUGCUCUGAAGUACAACGCCAAUAGCAUUAAUGCCGGUGAAGUUGAUCCUAUGGCUGCCACUUUAGUUGCCGGUGGAGUUGCCGCCAUUGCCAUGAUGAUCAUAUCCUUCAAAGGCUUCGUUCUGUGGUUCAUCAACUUUGGACUGCUCGUAUACCUUCUGAUGAGAGCCACUCGCAUUGCCAACGAUAAGGAUAGUGCGGAUACUUUGUUCAAUCCUCGCAAGGAUUCCAAUGAUAUUCUGACCACCAGGCCGCCCAUUCGCGCCUACGAGGAGGAAAAGGUCGAGAUCCAGGCAUAUAACAAUGCGGCCUACGUUCCGGAUAACCGCUCUUUGGCGGAGACCAUUGAGGUGAACGAGGGCGCCAUUGUCCGGGCGGCUCACAUGUCGAUGGAUGCCAAUCUGAUGGAUCGUCGAUUCCGUGACAUCAAUGCCUUCCAACAGUAUCCGGCUCCCAACCCGCAGCCCAGUCGACCUGUGCGCCAAUCAUCGCAGGUGCCUCUACAGGAGACCAUUGUGGUGGCCACAGCGGGAUUCCCACAGCCAGACUAUUCCCCGCAGCUUAGUCCCAAUGGCAUUCUUCGUCCGCACCAGUACUAGAUACUAAGUACUAAGCCUAUUGGCGCCCCUCCGAAAAGCCCUCUUUCAUAUUAUAAUUCUCAAAUAAUCCCCCAAGUGACAGCUAAAGUUUAGUUCAAAUUUUAAUCAACGGUAGAAAUUGUUUCUGCAUGGUUAUUCUUAUUUAUUUGCAUGUUAACAACAAAAUAAGUCUACUGUUAUAAAUAUAUAAAACCAGUAAAGUUA